GUUCAGCAGGGUUUAAAAGUAUGGGAGGAUGAACAUCUGCAAAAGAGAUGAGAAGAGAUUAGAGAGAAGCACCUAAGGUGUCUAGGGUCAAACCCACAAUCUCUGCUUUAGAAUCGAGGCAUCGUUUUCUUGAAAAAGUUAAAGGAGACUAAAAUGAUUGGCAUGGUGUGUUCAGUGCUUUCAGUGUUGUGUGUUCUCCCCCUGCUGGUUGGGAGCAGGGUUAUUUCUCAACAUCUGUUUCCGACUGACUGCUCUGAUGUCUACGCUAACGGACAAACGCUCAGUGGUGUGUACACCAUCUACCCUACAGCAGACACACCUGUACAGGUGUACUGUGACAUGAGAUCUGGGGAAAGCCAAAUAGAAGACGGGAAGUGGACGGUAUGUUUAGAUGUGUUUCAGAGGAGAAUGGACGGCACUGUGAAUUUCUACAGACCAUGGGAACACUACAAGAAAGGGUUUGGAAACAAGUAUGGAGAAUACUGGCUAGGAUUAGAACACAUCUACCAGCUCACACGUAAGAAGAAAUACGAGCUGAAAGUGGACCUGCAGGACUUCGCCGGGGUGUCGGUUUAUGCUCGAUAUUCUUCUUUCUCUAUAGAUUCUGAAGCUGACGGCUACAAACUCCACAUUAGUGGUUUCAUCAAUGGAGGUGCAGGUGAUUCUCUGGCUACAAACAACGGACAGAAAUUCUCCACCUUUGAUAAAGACCAGGACUCGUAUGGAGGGGGAAACUGUGCUAAAUCCUACCUCGGGGCUUUUUGGUACAAUCAGUGCCACCAUGCGAACCCUAACGGGAUAUACCUGUGGGGAAAGGACGGCACUAUUUUUGCCAUCGGAAAUGUGUGGUACCAUUGGAAAGGCUAUGAUAAUGGUCUGAAAUUCAUCGCCAUGAAGAUCAGACCUGUGUCUGUAGCAUAGUGAUGAAUUUCUCUUUAUAACAUUCUUGUUGUUGAUGAUGGUGGUGGUGAUGGUGGUUUUUCUCUCUCUCUCUCUCUCUCUCUCUCUCACACACACACACACACACACACACGCGUCCCAGAGACAGAAGACAAUAACACACACCAAAGAGGAGGCCCUGCAGCACAUCCACAUUGAGUUCAUAUGCUCACUACAUAGGGUGUAGCAUAAUCUGUAGUGCACUAGAUAUCCAACAGAAUGGCAAUUGAGCCACAACCACAGAAAAGAAAUUACUUCAAUAAAAAAAUAUUUUUUAUGUCUAGAUUUUAAAAAAACUGAUCCACAAUUACAAAAUGUAACAUUUCUUGAUCCCGGCCUCUUUUCCUGUAUUGAGACAAGAAAUGGGUUUCAAUCAACUUUUGUUUCGCAUUUAAAAAUAAAACACAAGAUCUUAAA